AUGAAGCUCGCCAUUCGGCCACUGCAAAAGAUGAGGUUCUUCCAAAAAGACAAGGACAAGAAGAAGCAGCAGCAGGUCCAGCAUCAGCGGCAGCUAUCCGACAACAUAGCCGACCACCAGCUGUCCAAGUACUCAACCCAGGUCCAGCAGAACUUCCGCAAUCACAACUCGCCGCUCUACCUGCCCACGCGCGCCUCCACCCUCCUCUUUCAAAAUUUGCCCAAAGAGAUUCUUCCGCGUAUCUUUUCCUUCGUCUGUCCGCACACUCAAGAUGAGACCUACGAGACCUGCGAAACGAGCGCCAUCUUCGACGCAUGCAUGCUCUGCGACCUGAGGGAUCUGGCGAACUGCGCUCGGGUCUGCUGGAAAUGGAACCAGGUCGCCAACGCCGCGCUGUAUCACAGCAUCCGGAUCGACGCCGUACACUACUGCCCCCGCGAAAUCUACCUUUCCGAACAGCGGAAGCGCAAAACCUUCUUCAAACGCAAUGCCGACCCCGAAGAUACCCCAGCUGUUCGCCUGAAGUUGCUGUGCCGGACUUUGAGAGAGGACCCCACGCGGUUCGGCUCGAGAGUUCGGUACUUCAAGGUUCCGUACAUGCUCCGAGAAGCCGCCACGGCGGACCUGGCCCGCAUCAUCCACGUGCUCCCGAAUCUUCUCUAUGUCGACCUUCCCGAGGGCCUGUUUGCCGACGAACAUGGUUACGCCACCCUUAGAUUGGAGGUCGAGGCUAGGUGCCGUGACCUCCGCAAGAUGACAUACCACGGAGGCUCGGAGGGCAGCUUGUCCAAGAUGGCCAAUGGCGGAAUAUGGCCGAAUUUGGAGGUCUUGGAGCUGCACAAGAUCAAUAUGGAUCCCUACAUCUUACGACACGCGCUGGCCAGCUUGACGCAGCUCCGGGCGCUGAAGGUCAUGGACUCGCAGGCGUUCUCGGAUGACAUUUUAUCUCGCAACGAGGACCUGCCUCCAUUCCCACCAGUGGAGGAGCUGAUCCUCAGCAACACCCCGAAUGUCACCGCCAACGGUCUCACCGAGUACUUGGGCCGAGCCGACACCCGCAAUAUCCUCACGGUUCUGUCUCUGUUGCGAACGGGUGUUCAUCCGGCGACGCUAGCCGAGAUUCUUUUGGCUGCUCAGAGUCUUCAAACGCUCGUUAUCGAGGCCACGGUGAGCGAUGCAUUCAAGAGUGGGCCGAGAACGCGGCGGCUUGCGUCAACGUCUCUGGAAUCACUUCGUUUCGAGAUCACCGCCGCCAAGUCAGCUGGCCCUUACUCCAGCGUCACGGCCAGCUACUACACAUAUCUGGCUGCAUCUCUCCGAGGCAAUGGAAUGCCCAAUCUCAGAUCAGUCUAUGUCCUAGAUGAGCAUUUCCAGGAUGAACUCGAGGGUCUGCCGCGACCCCAAGCGCCAUUCUCUUUUGGCAACAAUGCCAGACCCAAAUCUGCACAUUCAGUCACAUCCCACCGGCCCAUGUCGGGCUUUAACGGCGGAGGCCGCGGCGGCCUUGCUCCUCCCAAUAGCGGUGGAAUGGCAAUCCCCCGGCCUUUUGCUGCAGCAUCAAAUGUCCGCGCCUCUCAACGCUUCAGCUCUACGAAUCCCUUCGCCGGCACGGGCCCACUUUCCCAUCCCCUGACGAUCUACACAAAAUCAGACGACGAUCUGGACUGGUCGUCUGUGAUGCUUCAGCCUACGGCACCAGCUGGGGGCGGUCACCACCGAGGCGGUAGCAUGAGCCUUCACGGAGACCGCCCGAUCAGCUCCUACGGUCUGGGCGCGGAUAUCGCAGGACUUGGAUGGAAUACCGCGGCGGCUAGGAAGAGCGUCAUGGUCGGUAACGGCGCGGGUAUGUUCAUGGCCAUUCCCAGCCAGAGCACGGGCGGAAGCAAGGGGAGCGACGAAGAUUACUGGCCGAGACCGAGCACCGCGAACAACGAGAAAAAGUCCGCGGACCUUUGGCGGUGA